AUGGAUAUAGGUACAAGGAAAAAGUCAUUUAAAUUUCAUGUUAAAUCAGCUAGCACAUCUAAUAUGUUUGCAAGUCCAUAAUCAACAAAUACUCCUGUUACUGGAAGGUCUGUUGCAUAAUUUGUUUCUAUACCCUUUCUUUCUUUUAAAUAAUGUGAGAUGAAGAAGUACAUAUUAAAUGAAGAGAAGGAAUAUCUCAAAAGAAAGCAGAUCAUAGAAUCAGGUUAUUUAACAUAGAGAGGUAUGUCAAAGUUUUUAAAACCUAAUCGUAAUUACAUCAUUCUUUAUUUAGGAUUGAAAUGGCAAAAAAAUGACUUAAAAAUUCAUGAUACCAUUUUAAAAACUAAAUUAAAUAUAGCAGAUAUUAUUUUAAAUGCUAAAGGAGGAUAAUCUCGUAGAGAAUUUUUAAUUGAAAAAAUACAGAAUUAAAUUGAAAGUCCUUAAUAAAUUAUUAGUCAAAGAACUAUUAAAAGUGAACAUACAGUUUAAAUAUUUAUGGAUCGAUUGAAAUUUUAAUCAAUGCCAUAAAAACUAAAAGGAGAAUCUUAAUCCCCUUCAAGGUCAAUUUAAUCUUAAAAGUUUAUCUUCAAUUCUUCAACAACCUAUUAAACAGAAUGA